AUGGCAGAGGAGGAGGAUUUAUUACCAAACCUUGUGACAGAGGAGAUGAGACACAGCAAUGGCGACUUCGUACCGCCUGACGGUUUAUGUUGGAUGUCAGUGCUGUCCUGUCUGCUGCUGGCGUGCUCUUAUGUUGGCAGUUUAUAUGUGUGGAGGAGUGACCUGCCCAGGGAUCACCCCGCUGUGAUAAAGAGACGCUUCACCAGUGUCCUCAUCGUGUCGGGCCUGUCGCCUCUCUUUGUGUGGGCAUGGAGAGAAUUCACAGGUGUCAGGACUGGCCCAUCGUUACUGGCUCUCAUGGGGAUCCGGUUUGAAGGUCUCAUUCCUGCCAUAGUACUUCCUCUGAUGCUCACCAUGGUCCUAUUUCUGGGCCCCCUCAUGCAGUUGGCUAUGGACUGCCCCUGGAGCUUCAUGGAUGGGAUCCGGGUGGCUUUAGACCCCUGGUUCUGGUCAUUGUGUUUCAGUGACAUGCGCUGGUUGAGGAAUCAGGUGGUGGCACCGCUCACAGAGGAGCUGGUGUUCAGGGCCUGCAUGCUGCCCAUGUUGGUGCCCUGUGCUGGUCCCUUCACUGCCAUCUUUACCUGCCCGCUCUUCUUUGGAGUGGCUCAUUUCCACCAUGUGAUUGAGCUGCUGAGGUUCAGACAGGGAACGCUGUCAGGGAUCUUCCUCUCUGCAGUGUUCCAGUUCUCUUACACAGCAGUGUUUGGGGCUUACACUGCCUUCAUCUUCAUCAGGACAGGUCACCUGAUGGGUCCAGUGCUCUGCCACUCCUUCUGUAACUACAUGGGUUUUCCCGCUAUCAGCACAGCGAUGGAGCACCCCCACCGCCUCACCGUCCUCUCCUCCUACCUGAUGGGGGUCCUCCUCUUCCUCCUCUUCCUCUUCCCCUUCACUGACCCCUCCUACUACGGUCUCCCUACACCGGUGUGCACCCUCACCUCCUCCCCCAGCUCCCUCUGCCUCUCCUGAUCCCUGUCCCCUGUCCCCACUCACAUCUCUGCUGCUGUCACAUCACCUUCCACUGAUGAAGCAGUCAAGGGCGUAUUUUUGCCAAGUUAGGGUUCAGGUAAGGUCCAGUUUGGACCUACAGCGUUAACAGCCAUGUGGUCUAUGUUGCCAUGGAGAGGUGGGGAAAUCUGUAGCCAUUUUCUAUGGUCUAUGGACCCUGGAUAUGUCAAUGCAUUUACAUGACAUAUUUCAGUUAAUCAGCUGAAGUACAGCUGACUCAGUUUGGGCAGGUGGGGGGUUCGUAAUGGGAAUGAAGUAUGACUGUCUGGUUGAAGGACAGUCUUUGUAAUCUUUGGCCUUAGCUGCCAUGCUGAUACUGAUUUUAGUGUAGUUACAACACUGAAGGACAGUUCCUCCUCAGACCCUCUCAUGCUGACAGAUCUCAUCAAUUUGUGAUGAAGCAUCAUAAUGUACCUUUUUGGUGUACUCAUAUUCCACUGCUGCCUCUUCUUUAAAGGAUAAUUCUGGUCAAUACAACUUUGGUCUUAUUUUAGUAAUUUUGGCAGCCAUUAAUGUGAGUUAUAUGAGAAAGUUACUGGAAAGAUUUGGAAACUAAGACAUCACAAAAAAGUCCAGUCAGACAAGUGGAAAUGAAAUCCCAGGGCAACAGUAAAAUUAUUGCAAAGUGUCUGUUUGCACUGUGGUGAGAAUAGUCACACUGCAGCUAUUUAGCUGUUUAAACCCAUUCCUCUGCUGCGUUAUUAUGGACCCCACUGUGUGCUGUGAUAGACUAGUACUUGUGACCAGGGUUGGAAUUUAACCUUUUUGUCCGCCUGCCACUGAGGCUGGUGGAUUCUAAAUCUACCAGUCAGUCAGUAGAGAGAUCUUUUUUGGGCAUAUUCUACCAGCAUUUGGGUGGUGGCCGGUGCUAAUUUCCAACCCUGCAAGUGACACGUUGAGGUUGAAGGUGGUAAGGGUAAGAGCAAAGAGUUCAUGGUAAGGCAAGUACUAGCCAAUUUCGGGUAUUCUCUGAGAUUAAAGUAGUAAAAAACUGGUAAAGCACAGGACUUUCACACAGGAGACGGUUUGAGUCCCGAGUGAGUCACUGGGGGCUUAUUAUUUUUAGAAUAAGUUGACAUAUUAUUGUCAAUUCUUAGGAUGUAUUAAGCUGCUACAUGUACAUAACCUUUAGCAGAAUAGCUGAAUAGACCUGUUUUGCAAGGACACCCAGGAAUAUACACCUGGACAUGAAGAGCUACAAAGGCUAUUUACACACAGAUGUUAACAGCUACAUUGGCUAUUUAUCCCCAAAUGCUAUUAGCUACAUAUGUAGGUAAGUAGCUACAGCUAGUGUAACUACUUAAACCCGAGUGUGAAAAGUUACAUUGGCUGUUUACACCCUAAUGUCAAUAGUAGUGAUGGUCAGGACACCUGGGUGCAAAUAGCAUCUGCCAAAUUAUUACCCAUUUGUGAAGAUCAGCCCACUUCCUGGUUCGACUUUAAAAAACUGUACUUGUUGUAGUUGUAUUGCAUUAGCGCUGCAGCUGUUUAGUGUUUUCAAAUUGUUAUGGACUCCGUCGCACUCGCUUUCAGCUUGACUUCCAAUAAUGUGGUUAAGAUAAUCUUGAUAAACUGUGUCGCCCCUCUUAACCAAUAGAAAUGAUGGCCUCUGAAAAUAAGACCUGAGUUCUGCUAAGCGACAGGUCUCAUCCAAGUAUAGAGUUUUCGGUCAAAAAAUGAAAAAAAAAAUGCUUUAGGUCUCAGGUCAGGUUCGGAUUUUACAUUUGGCUGAACUAGUUGGGUUCAGUUGAAUCUAAUAGAAGCAGGUACUGUAUAGGCCUGAUUUGGGUUGUUGUUUUAGUAAACCAGAAUUAGCCUUUAACACCUUUGAGCACCUCCUGAGUGACGCAUGGGUUAUGGAGGAACAGUCUUUCCAGUGAACACAGCGAGUCACAACCCUUACACAGAACUCAACAUCUUUAAUGGCUGCACUGCAUUCUGGUCUAUAAAUGUUCAUAGAGAUGUUGGCAUCUUUGCCUCUCCUGGUUGGGAGGUUUUCUUGAUAUGACUGUUCAAUGACAAAUGACCCUGCUGUAGCUGUACCAGAGUUAAGGACUGUUGGGUGACACCUUGGUGUGAUGUAGGAAUAGGAAAUAUACACCAGGAAUUCAAUCUGCAUCACCUACAGUUGUUUUAAUGUUGUGGUUUCGUUUUUAAACAGUGACAUUUCAUCUGGAUUUCUUCUAUGUUUGAAAUCAGACACGAUGACUCUGCUGUUGCAGAGAAGCAUUUUGCUGGAAGCGCUCAGUGUUUUGUACGAUAUAUUAAUGGUUAUUUAUAUACCUCUGCAUGUUUCAGUGCUGGUAGUUGUUGUUUUGUUGGUGAAAG